UGUUCUGCUUGGCUGCUGUACACCUUGCACCACUGAUGAAGUGGAGUGUUGCUAUAGAGAUAAGUCGUCCUGUGCACGGCUCGUGAAGAGACGAGCAGUCCUGCAGCACUGAGUCAGCUAAGCGUGUUCCUGAAUGGAAGCAGGCAGCUCUUCCCUCCUCCGCAUAUGGCAGGUUUUGAAGUAACAGUCAGAAAAACAUGAAACUGUUGAAUUGGAUAGGCUUAGGAUUAGUUUCCAUGAAUUUUUAGAGAUCGAGUAGGAUUUUUAAACACACCUACCUGUUUAUCUAGGGGCAUCAAUAACCGUCAUGUAAAUCCAGCCCUCCAUUCAUUAGCUUCCCUGCCUGUAAAAUGGGUAUAAUGUUUACCUCAGAGGCAUGCGGAGGUGUUAUUAAUGUUUGUCCUACACUUGGGAAUGCCCAGAGGGAAGGUGCAACAGACACAUUCAAUAUUACACUGUUUGAAGUUUUCACAGGGGAGAACAAGCACUGUGCAACUCAAGUGACGUGGUGUUUUCAUUUGCCGCAGGUAUUUUCAUUCAUAGUCCCAACACGGCUUCAAAGAGCAACGCAGAGGGUGCUUCACAGGCUCUUCCACACACGAAACGGCCUGUUUGCUGGCCUGCACGUAGCUUUGGAGGCAGCAGUUUACGGUGAAUACACCUGGGAAGUGUUUGGCUACUGCCAAGAGCUGGAGUUCAACACGGGCUUCCUUCUGCUGCCGUACCUGCUGCUUGCGGUGAACACGGGGGCUUUCGUGCUAUGCGCUCUGACCAACCCAGGUACAAUAACGGAAUCAAAUCAAGAGUUGUAUCUUCGGGUUUACGCACACGACGGUGUGAUGUUUCGGAAAGGCGUCAUGUGUUGCACGUGCCACAUGGAAAAGCCAGCCAGGUCAAAGCACUGCAGUGUUUGUAACUGCUGUGUACAUCGUUUUGACCACCACUGCGUUUGGGUCAACAACUGCAUCGGGGCCUUCAACAUGAGAUAUUUCCUCAUUUACCUCUUCACUCUGACUGCUAUGGCUGCCGACAUUGCGAUCAUAACAGUAGCCUUCCUAAUCCAAGUAGUGCUGCUAUCAAAUCUGAUGUACGGGAGUUACGUUGAUGAGCAAGGGCAGGAGCACGAGGUUGAGAUUCCCUUUCUUAUUCAGCACCUGUUCCUGAUCUUUCCCAGGAUUGUCUUUAUGCUUGGCUUUGUGAUCGUCCUCUCUCUGGUGCUGGGGGCAUACUGCUGUUUCACUCUGUACUUGGCUCUCACCAACCAAACAUCCAACGAGUGGUAUAAAUGGAGAAGAUACGAGUGCCCUCACUGCCGGGCGCAGCAGCCCCACGACAAGCACACUGCAUACAGGAAUGCAUACUCUAGAGGAGUUUGGAUCAACAUAAAGGAAAUCAUUAAACCUCCCACAGUCUCGGAAAGAAAGAAAAAAACCUGAGGAAAUUUAACUCUUUUUUAAAACAUCGUCUUUAAUUUCUACCAGGGGUUUCCUAGGCCACAAAGGACUCUUGAAAGGACACUAACGUCCACUAAGUGCUACGAUUCAGGGAUUUUGUUCUAAAGAACAUAACUGUAAAAUACAGUUGUUAAUACAUUCGUUUUGGAGACAGCGAUCAGUUUAUGUGUGUGCUACUGAACAUAAUUGAUUAAGAUGAUGGGUCUCGGUAGAAAGCAGCUGUUUAAGAUGUGAUUAUAGCUCAAUGUAUCCUAAAAUGUUCUGUCGUCUUCGGUAAGUUUUGAGUGGCAGAGUUAAAGCUAAGGUAUGAUGCUAGCCUUGGGGAAAACCACAUUUCGUAUGUGUUUAAGAACUAAUGAACAUGAAACAGAAUCAUAACUAUCGCAAAAGGAAGAAAAAAAAAUCAAACUAUGCAAAUAAAGCCUUCAAGGAACUGUAUUAAGUACUGUAAUAAAAUUAACAUACAAGUCCUUGAAAAGGCCCUUUCAGUGCAUUUUAGGGUAAGCAGACAGUUCAUGAAAGGAAUGUGUUAAAUCUUAUGGUUAUGUAGGUGUAUCAGCUCUGUGCGAGUAUGCCCAAAGCGCUACUAUGCUGUACAGCUAAUCUUAGAUUUAUGGAUUAUAUCUAGGUCUUGGGUCCCUUGUGAAAACAGUAGCUCACAUGUAUUACCAAGAACCACAUUACUUGUUGCCACCUCGUCUGUAUAGGACUGCUGGACACUUUAUUUUAUAUAUUUUUUCUUUUAAAAUAAAUGGAAAAGCCAUCCAAACGCCUCGCCAAAGACUUUGUCAUAGCUCUGCUGCAGGCUUCCUGGCCUAACAGGCUGGAGCCCAGCUAUAUCAGCAAGUAGGAGAUU